CGACGGCCUUCUGGGCCAUGGUUACGGAAGCCGGGGAGGGCUGAGUGCAAGGUCUACGUCUAGGAAGUUAGCGGCGGAAACUCGGAAAGCGGUGGAGAACAGGUAUCUUAGGCCCAAUGGCGGCUGUGGAGGCAAGCGGCAGCGAUGGGAAAGGGCAAGGAGUGGAGUCCUGCGUCACCUAUUACCGAUUGGAGGAGGUGGCGAAGCGCAACUCCUCGGAGGAGAUAUGGCUGGUGAUCCACGGACGAGUCUACGAUAUCACUCGCUUCCUUAACGAGCAUCCUGGUGGAGAAGAGGUUCUGCUAGAACAAGCUGGUGCAGAUGCAAGUGAAAGCUUUGAAGAUGUAGGCCACUCCUCUGAUGCCAGAGAAAUGCUAAAGCAGUACUAUAUCGGUGAUGUGCAUCCGAGUGACCUUAAACCUGAGGGUGGUAGCAAGGACCCUUUGAAAAACAACACGUGCAAAAGUUGCUGGUCGUAUUGGAUUUUCCCCAUCAUAGGCGCUGUUCUCUUAGGUUUCCUGUAUCGUUACUACACGUCGGAAAGCAAAUCCUCCUGAGGAGACCUUGUUGGAGUCUGGAAAGCAUACGCACUUGGGAGUGGAAACUAGAGACUUGUUUGGAGGCUGCAGUGGUAUCCUCUUCUUGAAUUCUGCCAGUUGUAUUUUUCCCCCUUGGAGCCCAGACGAUUGGCCACACAUCCACCUCAGACACGGGGCCAGUGUCCUUCGUCUCUCAGAGUCUUACUCCCAAAGCACCUGCCCGUUUUUCUGUAUCCUUGCCAGUGUGUCCUCUCUUCACUGGUUUGCACGAACACCUUUACAUUUCAAAACUUUCUUUUAUAAUUACAAUCCAUAUGUCCUAGUGACAUUGCCUUUUGGUAACAAUGCCUGCUUUCCAAUACUUUGAAUGCACCCUAGACAUUCUUAACAGGGCAGCAUACUCUGGUUUUGAAGCUUUUCUUUUUCCAUUUUUCUUUUAAGUAAAUU